AACAGGCAAAUGCAUGCCACUCUACUUUCUACUACAACCAAUAAAUCUAUGUCUUUAACCUUUUUCUCUUUUUCUUUUUCUUUCUCUUUAACCUUUUAUUUUAGGCCUUGGGGUCUGACACAAGGUUUGAGUGAAUGGCAUGGAAAGCAGCAAAUAAUGAGGCUUUUGCUCUGAUCUAAGUCUCUCUAUUCAAACUUGGGUUUUCUGAUAACACUAUCAGUUGAGACUUGGAAACACACAACCUUGAAAAACUGUCUUGUUUUCUUGCUUCUCCUGGUGAGGUUGAUAAUGGCAAUGUGGAGAAAAGAAGUGGAUUUUUAUCUCAUGGUUUUUUUAUGGUUUUGGGCUCCUAUUAAUGGAUUGCUUUCUCCUAAAGGUGUAAACUAUGAAGUGCAAGCUUUAAUGGCAAUAAAGGAGGCUCUGCAUGAUCCUCAUGGUGUUCUUGAUAAUUGGGAUGCCGAUGCCGUUGAUCCAUGUAGUUGGGCAAUGGUUACUUGUUCACCUGAAAGCCUGGUCAUUGGCCUGGGCAGUCCAAGCCAGAAUCUAUCUGGUUCGUUAUCUCCAAGCAUUGGGAACUUGACAAAUCUUCGGAUUGUGCUAUUGCAGAAUAAUAACAUAACUGGACCCAUUCCUUCGGAGCUGGGGAAGCUUUCAAAGAUUGAAACACUUGAUCUUUCUGAUAAUUCCUUUACUGGAGAAGUUCCUACAUCUUUAGGCUACCUAAGGACCCUCCAAUACAUGAGGCUAAACAACAACAGUCUCUCCGGUGCAGUCCCGUUGUCUUUGGCUAACCUGACUCAGCUUGCCUUCCUUGACUUGUCAUACAACAAUCUGAGUGGACCAGUGCCCAGAUUUGCUGCUAAAACAUUCAGCAUAGUGGGGAAUCCUUUAAUCUGUCCUACUGGAGUUGAACCAGAAUGCAAUGGGAUGACAUUGAUGCCAAUGUCCAUGAACUUGAACAGCACACAAGAUGCUCGGCCUUCGGGCAGAUCCCAAAGUCAUAAGAUAGCCAUUGCCUUUGGUUCAAGCAUCGGAUGCGUGUCUCUGAUGUUUCUUAUACUUGGAAUACUACUAUGGUGGAGACGAAGGCGGAAUGAACAGAUUUUCUUUGACGUUAAAGAUCGGCAUCACGAAGAAGUUUCCCUGGGAAACUUGAGGCGGUUCCAAUUCAGGGAACUUCAGAUUGCAACACAUAACUUCAGCAGCAAGAAUAUUCUAGGAAAAGGUGGUUUCGGGAAUGUGUACAAGGGAGUUCUGCAAGAUGGAACAAUAGUAGCCGUUAAGAGGCUUAAAGACGGUAAUGCAGCAGGUGGAGAGAUUCAAUUCCAGACUGAAGUUGAGAUGAUCAGCCUUGCAGUGCACCGGAACCUUCUUCGGCUUUACGGAUUUUGCAUAACAUCCACAGAGAAACUUCUUGUUUAUCCAUACAUGUCGAACGGUAGCGUUGCAUCUCGUCUCAAAGGCAAACCGGCAUUGGAUUGGGGCACCAGGAAGCGAAUUGCUCUCGGAGCUGCCAGGGGAUUGCUAUACCUUCACGAGCAAUGCGAUCCAAAGAUAAUCCAUCGGGAUGUCAAAGCAGCAAAUAUAUUGCUCGAUGAUUAUUGUGAGGCAGUGGUUGGAGAUUUCGGGUUAGCCAAGCUUUUGGAUCACCAGGAUUCACAUGUUACAACAGCUGUGAGAGGCACCGUGGGACAUAUUGCUCCAGAGUACCUCUCCACUGGCCAGUCUUCAGACAAAACAGAUGUGUUCGGAUUUGGAAUUCUCUUGCUUGAGUUAAUCACAGGUCAAAGAGCACUAGAAUUUGGCAAGGCUGCUAACCAGAAAGGAGCAAUGCUUGAUUGGGUAAGGAAAAUUCAUCAGGAAAAGAAGCUUGAAGUGCUUGUUGACAAGGAUCUCAAGAACAACUACGACCGAAUCGAGCUCGAAGAGAUGGUUCAAGUAGCAUUAUUAUGCACACAAUACCUUCCAGGCCAUAGGCCGAAAAUGUCCGAAGUGGUUCGAAUGCUCGAAGGUGAUGGUUUAGCUGAAAGAUGGGAAGCUUCACAAAGAAGUGAAUCAACAAAAUGCAAGCCUCCCCAGGAAUUCUCGUCAUCGGACCGAUAUUCCGAUCUCACCGACGACUCUUCGUUACUUGUUCAAGCCAUGGAACUCUCUGGACCAAGGUGAACUACCAAGUCCUUACAAAACUCGGGUAUAAAUCAUUUUUCUAAGAUUUGAAUGAGAGUUAUAGAAUAAUAGCUAAAACUCGUAUAGUUUGCAUAAUUAGUAGCAUAGCAUAGAUUAAAAGAGGCUUUGAUUUUUUGUUUCUGCUGCAAUUGUACAGAUUUAUGACUAAGAAGACAUUAUUGAAUAUCUAAGGGACUGUAUUGUGAAUUUUUGUGUAAGACCAAACAUUCUUCAAUGGGGUCUUGGGUGUAAUUUUAAAUAUUAGAUGGUUAUUAUGUUGUAGAUGAUCUUGCGCUUAUGUAA